AAAUGGGGGCUUUUCCAUUUAAGCAUUUCAAUAAAAUACAAUUAAAUUAAAUUUAGUCAAGCAGGCAUUUGUUAUAGAAAUGCUACUGAGUAGGAAAAUAAGCACCUUAAGGAAACGAUAUAAAACAUGGCCAGGUCAAAUUAAAAGAGUUGUUUCCUUAUGGAGGGGAAAAUCUUUCAAGACAACAGUAAUUUAGAUAAGAAGAUAUUAUUACAUGGUUUAUAGAUCCAGAGAAUCUACAGCUUUAAGAGGGGCGGUAGAGAGACGGAGCUCACAUGCUUCCUGCUCUCAGGAGACACAGCCGGGUCAGCCAAGGUAGGACAGAAACAUUCUCUGAUCAGUUAUAUUGACACCUAAUACAAAAAGGUUUUUGUGGUGCUGAUAUUAAUGUGCACUCAUUUGGAUCGUAAUCGAAAGGACGUUUCAGCCCCAAAACCAACGUUGGAUGAAAAAAAAAAAUAAGACGUUUUUUGCUGAUGUUGACCGUCUGUGUUGUGGAUUUUAAUUCAAGUUUAAUGUGAUUUAUAUUAUUACAAGUGCGGUAUUUAACACUGAGUUGUUCAUUAGGUCUACCAGGAGGUGUUCUGGCCUCUGUGUUAAAGGCUGAACCUGGACCUGGUCCAGACCGAUACAACCAGAAAAUCUACGGAAACGUGUGACUCAACUUCACUGCAUCUACUCAACCCCCCAUCCCGCCAACUGACUAACCAGGGGAACCAAUGUGAUCACACCUGGGAUAUUUUUACGAGAAUCAACCUGGUGUCAGACGGGGAACAAAUUGUUGAUUGUCAGGGCUAACCUUCCUGCUAUCUUCUCAACUCCUCAGAAGAUCUUACAACCGUUUGAAUUAGUCUGAAUUCUGAGAAUAUUAACAAAUAUGGAUUCAAUUUUUAAUGCUGUGAAAACAACGUUUUUGCCGCCCCCUAAGCGGUUGGCAGAAGCCGUUAAGAAAGAAGGCAGUAAGAUUAAAGGACAUCCAGGUACUCUGGACGUUUACACUCUUCCUCUGAAACCCCAGUCUAUGAAUGUAGAGGGAAUCCAGUGCUUCAUAUUUGGAAAAGACUCUGUUAAACGGAACCGCACCAUCAUGGUUCUAGGAGCCACUGGGGCGGGGAAGUCCACCCUGGUCAACGGGAUGAUCAACUACAUCUUGGGGGUCACAUGGGACGAUACCUUUAGAUUCAAGUUGGUAGACGAAGGCACGGCCAAGUCUCAGGCUCACAGCCAGACCUCUAAUGUCACCGUGUACAAGCUCAACCACCGAGAGGGCUUCAAGAUCGACUACUCCCUGACUAUCGUUGACACACCGGGUUUCGGAGACACGAGAGGCAUAGAGAGAGAUAGGUUCAUUGUAACUCAGCUACAAAGGCUUUUCUCAGCUGAACAUGGAGUCAGCGAGAUCGAUGCCAUCUGCUUCGUGGCCCAAGCGUCUCUCGCUCGGCUUACACCAACACAGAAAUACGUCUUUGACUCAGUGCUCUCCAUAUUUGGCAAAGAUGUUGCAGAGAACAUCCGGAUUUUGGUGACAUUUGCAGAUGGCCAAGGCCCUCCGGUUCUCGACGCAAUCAAUGAGUCCGGGGUCCCCUGUCCUAAAAGGAAAGAUGGUUUACCUAUUCACUUCAAAUUCAAUAACUCUGCCUUGUUUGCUGACAACAAGGUAUCUGGUGCGAACAACAAAGGUGUAGACGAUGAUGAUGAUGCCAAUGAUGAUGGAGAAGAUGGGGGCGGCUUUGAUAAAAUGUUUUGGAACAUGGGAACCAACAGCAUGAAAAGAUUCUUCUCUGCUCUGAAUGUCAUUGAGACCAAGAGCUUGACCUUAACCAAGGAGGUGCUCAGACAGAGAGGUGAGCUGGAGAACUCCAUUGAGAAUCUCCAGAUUAAGGUGAAAUUGGGUUUAGCUAAACUUGAGGAGAUUAAACAAGAAUCUCAAAUCCUCCAAACACACGAGGCAGCAAUCACAGCCAAUGGGGAAUUUGAGUAUGAGGUCAGCUUCAUGAAUCCUGUUCAAACUAGCAUUGCCAAAACAGGGAAAUUCAUCACCAACUGUCAGCAAUGUCAAAAUACCUGCCACUAUCCCUGCGGCAUACCAAAUGAUGCUGACAAGAGUGGUUGUUGGGCCAUGGGACCAGACGGCCACUGCACACAAUGUGACAACAAGUGCCAUUGGAAAGUGCAUUUCAACCAAAAGUAUCGCUGGGACUACGAACCGAAGACAGAGAAACGAACCUACAAUGAUCUGAAACAAAAGUAUGAGAAUGCCUCUAAGGAAAAAAUGUCUGUUGAAGACGUCAUCAAAAAGAUGGAGCUGGAGUACGACCUCCUACAGGACGAGGUGGUCCAGCUGAUGGAGCUCUCAGGCCAGUGUCUCAACACCCUGAAGGAGAUCGCUCUGAAGCCCAAUCCACUCUCAACACCUGAAUACAUCGACCUGCUGAUCGAGGGAGAGAAGUCAGAGGCCAAGCCUGGCUACCAGGAGCGCAUCAAGAAACUACAGCACAUGCGGGGGAAGGCGGUAACCAUGGGGAAGGUUGCCCGCGGAGACAAACUGCUCUAGAUGUGGGGGCAGGAUAGUCCAGAAGUUAGUACCUACCAGAAAGGGACUGGGUCCAUUUAAUAACAUGUGCUCAGCAUGUUAAAGCUUCAUCUCUGAUUUAAUAACAAGAAUUUUGGUCAUAAGAAUUGAUUGCUAGACAGAAAUUAAACAUGUUGGAACUUUUUUAUGUUAUUGGGUUAAUAGUAAAAUAUCAACAAUAAUGUGAUAUGCAAACUAAUUUUCCUGAUUCAAAUAGAGGCGCAUUCUUUAAUGCUUCACUGGUUUGUUUAGCUCAGAUUCUGUUGGCGGAGAUCUCGCUCCCUUCUCGUGAACCUGGACCUGACAUGUGACUCUGACAUGUGGCUUUUUUCUUGAAAUUUUUUUACCCUUAUUGUGAUUUUGUUUCUGUUGUUCUGUGUCCUCUAUAUGGUUUUCCGCAGUCCAAACUCCAGCUGAAACACAGUGUAUUGACUUACUGCUUCUCUGUCCUCAUUCUUAUGUGAAUUAAAUACACACAUCAGCACAUUGGAUUAUGACUGUGAUGUACUUUUAUGAUGAGAUAAAUACAUUUCUUAGUAUUUUUAAAAUCAUGGUUUGUUUUAUUCUUAUUAGUUUAUAAAUGUAGAUGUUAUGGCAAUUCAUUAUGCAUUAUUUUUAAGUUUGGGCCCCAGGGAGACCCCAAAUGCUUCUUUUGGGUCUCGAAGUGAAAAGGUUUGGAAGCCCUGUAUUAAGGCCCUGACACACCAACCAGAUUAUCUGGCAAGCUCGGUGACCAAAGUCUGUUCCAUGUGUGCUGUGUGAUCGGCCGUCGUCAAAGCCGUUGGGGAUCUUUUCAAGCCUGUCUGGGUUAUUUUCCACCGAUUGAAGAUGUUGAAUCCUUCAUGACCAAAUCAGUACGACUGCCUCUUCUACCGACGAUCGGCAGUUGGAAUGGUUUGUCAGGGCCAAUAGAGGACAAGAAGAGCUCUAAAACAAUAUUCAUGUAACAAUAAUCAUGUUGACGCAUGCAUGUUACCUCAAAGGGAAUUAAAGAUGAAUACAAUGAUCCGAGUUGACUUUAGAACUUUUUAUUUGAUUAAUGCUCAUUGUAUAUUCUCUAAUAUUUGUUUAUUCAUCCUUUGCAGGAUUCCACUUAGGUUCAGUUCAAAAAAGGUCAUGAAACAACCAGCAGGGGGCGACAACAGUCAGAGAGGGGUUUAGUGUUAGCUUUGUAUAAACACAGACACUGACAUUUACAUUGCAUUCGAGUAAAAAGUGUAAUGUCAUAGAUGCUUAAUAUUGCAGAGGCCAAAACAGAUGAAACUCCUGUUGAAUCCCUUAACUAUGACCGACCUCUUAACUAUCAUUCUAAUGUGUUUAUAUUUAUAACAGAAAUGUAAGAAAGCAUAUGGAUUAAUAAGAAUAUUCACAUGAACAACAAGGUGUACGAUUUCGCUGAUUUCACUACCAGCUUCAUUAAUGUGGUCAUCACAGGUUCUGAGUCGUAUGCCGGCUUCGAAACGGUAUGAGUUUCCAGGAGGUUUGGAGGUUCGGACCUUAAGCUCAGAGGAAAGUGCUUUGAACACUCCGUUGGGUCUGAGUUUUCGCUCGAGGUUCGUGCGGAUGUAGAGAGCUACCCGAGACCUCAGAGUUUAUGCCACAACAAUGGCUGCCCAUUUCAUUUAUAGACUAAAGUGAAUUUACAGCUAGCACUAAGACGCAAACUUAACAACCAUUGUAACAUUUCCAUUACUAUACAUUAUAGAUUACAAUUAUAAACAUCACCAGAUAAAUUGUCACUCAUGUUCAACCAUCGCAAGCAGUUCUAAUAACUGAUUCAUCUGAUUCAGCAAAGAAGCACAAAGAGGUCCCUGCGGGCAUCCAUGCUUGUAGUUGUUAUGAGUCUUGUCUCCAGAACGAUCUGUUUUCAGGUUUUAUGUCGUAGCCUAACAACUUCUGAGGGGUGUUUCCUGAACACUCUUACUUCGGAUGAAGGGAAGGUUUACGUAAAGACACGUAAGAGCUUCCGAACCUCCGAGUUGUUUUUAAGGCGGCAUUAAGCUGAUCCCUCAGUCAUUGAGGCAGAAAACUAUCAAAAACGGUUUAUUAGGCCUAUAACGAAUCAAAUGGGUUUCUCUGUCAUAACCGCAUAGAGACCAAUGACCAAAACAACUCAAACUUUAACAAGCACAUUAAAGACUUAGUCUACUAGCCAAACUCCUGGUAGCUUAUUCGCUAUUUACAUUGUCGGUAAAACAUUACCGUUGUUCAGAAAUCUUCCUCUUCCUUUUGUUAUGUGAUGUAAGUACAGCAGGUAGUACUACAGAUGUGUUGAAUCAGGGGGAUUUUAGCAUGGAUUUGCUGUAAUACUUUAUAUAGUCUUUAUCUGUGGGAGCUGUGGUGGUAACGGCUACGGCGCUAACUGACUGGAACGUCCUCACGUGAGCUCCAACAGAAAGAGGGCUGUGAUUGGCUCACAUAUCUCCCCCUGUUCAGGAUACGGCAGUUGCUCCAUCGGCCAAUUAGGUUGCCGCUGAAAACCAACAGAGCAUCUAGUUAAAAUCCUUGUUAAUAAAAGUGUGUUCAGCCUCAUUUCAAUGACAUUCGAUUUUUGUUAUGUUUGCAGUGAAACUAUGUCCAAAACAAUAACUUAUUAAAGGGAUAUUCUUUUGAAACAUGUACUAUGGCAGCUCUGUUCAAAGUAUUUCUGCUAACAAACAUUCCACACUUUACUGUAUUUGUUUUAAUGCCAAAAGCAAUGGAAGCACUUUUCUGAGUGUGUCUCGCCUCUGUAAUGACAUUUGAGGGAAACUGGUCAUCAGGGCGGGUUAGAAUGUAGAAGGUGUGGGGUUGUUCGUAUGGUUGAGGACGACGUGCAUCAUCCUGCCACAACAGCGUCAAUACCCACUUCUCCUUUGUGUCAUCAGUGACAUUUUUGUCAAUUGUAUUAAUUAGUGAUUCUGUUCAUCUAUGUUCCAUUAUUUUAAUAUACAGGAUUCACACAUCAGGAUAAUUAGCCUGGUUUACUUUGCAACAUGUUCACUUUUUACAAUCCGAUAUCCUGUAGUGUGGGGGAAACCCCAAUGAAAGCCGUGGACGCAGACAAUCGAUAGCCAUUUGGGAGCCGGACAUAACGUACUUAGGGCUACCAACAAUUCAUUAAAUCAUCAUAACUGAAGCCAUGGCGGAAGUGGGUUGGUCGUCUGAAAUUGAGGAACAGCUUGUAAAAUUGUCAGAAAAAAAGAUAAAUGAAGCUAGCAUAGCAUGUUCCUGCUGACCGUCUUCCGCUAUUUUUGUUUUAUUAUUUUAUUUAUGUAUUUAUUUUUAUAUUGUCUCUUGGGUACCCAGCAUUAGUUCCCUAGUUUCGACUCAUUUAGGUCGGUUUCCAUCAGACUGUU